GGAAGUAUCUCACUAUCCCCUUUUCAACUGCCCUUCUUCCCCAUACAUCCCUUUCCCAGGAUAGGCACGCUAUGGAGGUAGACCGGACGCCGAUUCUCUACGAAAGCGUCAGACUGCGGCUCGGACCAAGGCAAAUUCGGCUGCUCACCGUUUCGAAGAGUCCGUCAUCGAGCAGCGAUGACCUUAUCCACUGCAGCCUGACAGUCGUGGACUUGGACCACCCGUAUUCAGGGCCGGAAUACUACGCGCUCUCAUACACUUGGGGGGGGCCGACUGAGUACGGUCCGCUGAGCAUUUUGAGCGAUAUCUUGAUAAUCCAAUUCGCUGCAACGGGGAGAUCCUUGAUGUGACGGGAAAUCUCCACGGCUUUCUCCGACGACUACAGCACAUACCAACACUCUGCGACAAAAGGCUCUGGAUAGACGCCAUCUGCGUCAACCAGAGAGAUAAAAAAGAACGAAGCAAUCAGGUUAGACUCAUGGCGGAUGUCUACAGCUCAGCUGCCUCGGUCGUCUCAUGGCUCGGAGAGCAGGACAGUCAUACAAAACCGGGCUUUGAUGUGCUCAGGGAGCUCAAAAGGCUCUCUGAGCACUCACCCAAUCUUCUGGAGAAGUUGUCGCCAGGAUGUCAUGAUUACGGCAAGCAGCUCGCGAAAAUCUUCUCCAGUCGGGAGUCCUGGGUCUCUGUCGCCAAUGUUUUCCAGCGGACCUACUUCACCAGGGUCUGGAUCAUUCAAGAAGUGGUCCUGGCCAAAGUAGUGAAGGCCCUUUGUGGCAGCGAAGAGAUUGAAUGGUCCGCCAUAACCGCAGCUUCUCACUUCUUCUCUACGACGGCAUGGAGAGACUAUCUGUUCACGCUCUACACCGAGUCAGUUGAGCCGCAACUUGGGCCUCGAGAACGCAUGGAUAUUAUUAGGUUCCGCUAUCAGGCUCCAACGAUACUCAGGUCGACCACGUGGGAAUGCGAGAAGCGAAAGGAGCUGCCAUAUCAAAACGAGAAGCGACACCAGUGGGCCAAAAUCUUACUAUACACGCUGAUUCGAUCUCUCAAUUUCAAGGCCACCGACCCACGCGACAAGAUAUACGCCCUACUUGGACUGGUCCACGACUACGCCCGAGACAAGCCAGGCUUGCUUCCGGCGUAUGAGCUUGAAGAGACACGGUCGCCAGCCAAGGCAUUUAUCAGCGCCGCAAUCCAGAUUCUCGAAGACAGUGACGACCUUUUACUCUUAUCAUGCGUAGAAGGAGAGUCGUUUCAGCGCGAGGCUACAGGGCGACUGCCCUCGUGGGUGCCUGACUGGACAUCUGAAGAAUCCACGGGGCUGAGAGUCACCGGAUACGAGCGAUACUCGGCAUCGGGGAGCUUGAAGCAACGGCCAACUAUCGAUAGGCAGGCGCUGACGCUGGGCAUGAACGGGAUCAGAUUGGACCACGUCACCAUGGUUGGCGAGUCAAAGCAAGAGGUGCUGCAGGGCAAACCGUUCCCAAACUGGCUCCUGAUCCUCGAGUCGUUGGAGACAUGGUAUGGUAGAGCCCGAUCAGAGCACAGGCUGGACGUUUUCUGGCGGACACUCAUUGUGAACACGGCCGACUAUCCGCCCAAGUUGGUCCCCAAAACAACUUCUCUUGGCGCAUCAUUUGCCAAAUGGUUCCAAGAAAUGAGACGCGUCCACGAUAGCAGCGACCCAGAGAGCGAGUGGGAAGGCCUGGCUAAUCGGCUCAGUGAGGUGAUGGAUAAGAUGUGGGAGCCGCAGGCCCGCGGCGCGGCGAAGCUGAGCGACUUUACGACGCCAUUCUCCCUGAGCCAUCACCUGCGAAUAUUUAGAACGAGCGAGGGGUAUCUCGGCCUUGGGUCAGAAUGCGUUCAACCAGGGGACUGGGUGUGGAUCGUUCCCGCGUCCCGAGUGCCGCUGAUACUGAGAGCGAGCCACGAGGUCCGCUCACGGGAACAUCGACAUCGAUUGGUAGGCGGGUCGUACCUGCACGGCUUCAUGGAAGGCGAAGGAGUGUCUCCGACACUUACUGGUAAGACGCUUGAAGAAAUUGAACGGUCGAUGGAAAGGUUUAUGCUCGAGUAGGGGCCGGGCACAGCAUAAGUACAUAGAAGCACUGCGUUAGGCCAAAGCAGAUCCCAAGAAGAC